AUGGCUGCAUCCUGGUCUGACACGGUCACCGACUUCGAUGCAUGCUCGACCAAGCUAAAGACAGCAUUUGGCAACCGCGCUGAGGUAGACAAGCUCUUCCCCGGUCUUAUGACAAGCGAGUACAAGGUUAAAGGUUGUCCAGCUAUGACGCUAAAAGCGGUAUCGGCGAUUGAGAUGCAGGAUGUCAGCAAGAUGUGUACGACUUUGGUGGAUCCUAAAGAGAAAGCAAUAUUUAACAGUGCUACGAGCACUUGCACUUUUCCAAAGGUUGAUCCUUGCCCAGCAGGAAAGGCGACGAAAUGCCUUGAUGAUUUCAGCAAGAGCCUGAUCAAACUGCUAACAACCAAAAACCCGGAUGUUGCCACCCUCUGCGGGUCCAUCAGCGCUAACCAAGCCUGUGCCGCCACCGCACCAGCUUUCUGUAGAAACCGGAUGGUAGCUGCCAUGAAAGUCUACAUUUCAAGGGCGAACAUGCUAUGCGUAACCAAAGAAGGUUGGGUGUCAUGGGGCAGUAGUAGCAGUAGCAGCAGCUCUAGCUCAAGUAGUAGUAGUACCAGUGGCGGCGGCAGCAGUAGUGGAGGCAGCACUGGUAGUGGCGGUAGCACAACUGCUGGCGCUGUCACCUUACCAGCAGGUUGUGUAGAAGCUGAUGUGCUGCAGUCCAUAGAAGACAUGAGAAGCCAAGCUGUGAAUCUUGUGAAGGAUGCGAACCCUUCACCUCAGGGUUGCAGUGCCCUUCAAGCGGCCAUCAGUGCCUUCACACAGAAACUGGUUACGUGUCCAACAUUAAUGCAAGCAUACGCUUACAACCAAAACAUGGUGAACUUGAACGCCAUAGGCACGGCCUGCCCCGCCGUGAUGAAGAAUACCAUCCUGGGACCGUGUAGCCCCGACGAAGGGGCGAUUGGGUCGUGUCUGUCAAAGUUCAAGGCCGUUGCCCUUGACCCCACCAAAGGAACCGCUGGAUGCUCGCAACGGGGAAUGGCAUACGGUUGCACAGAAUCCCAGGUGCUUGGGUGUCCUGAGAUCUACAGGUCGACUUCUCGCAGCCUCACGUCGCAAACUGCUAGUAAGAUAAGUGGGUGUGGUGCCUACACGGAAACAUGUGACAUCACGGCUAUCCGGAAGAGUAUCGAUGACGUCAUUGCUUCCGUGGCGGCCAUGAAAACUGUGAAACCCACGGCUUCCGUGUGUGGAGGGGUGAAAAACAUGGCCACAGCUAGCAUGUCUUUGACAGCAGGCUGUCAUCCAGACGUCGUACAGGGUGUGAGAGCUUCACUGGAUGGAUAUACCGCAUCGACUAAUUAUCAAUGUUCACCAAGCAUGAGCGCGUGUGGACAGGAUCCGGCCAUGGGCUGUAUCAGGAAGCUUUCAGCUGAUAUGACUACAGCUUACUUGAAUAAAGCAGGGAGUGCGACAUUCUGCGGGGGAGUUGGCGCAUUCGCGGCCGGAAUGUGCACUUCUAAAGCGACUGCUGCCUGCAAGGCUGACGCUGCCUACAGCUCAAUGUCUGCGGAGGAGGGCAAACUCAUUAAUGGAGCCAAGAAAGCCUGCAGUGGUAAGCUAUCAAUUUAG